UCCCCCAUUUCAAAGCAGCAACAUUUCUCUACGUAACGCACUGUCAAUGAUGUAAUUGAUACAUCAUAUGGCAACAUAUGAUGUCAUAUGAUGUCAUUUGAUGCAACAUAUGACAACAUAUGAUGUCAUAUGAUUUCAUGUGAUGUCAUGACAUCAUCAUGAUGUCAUUGUUAAAAGUUCAGAUAUAGGACCCAAAACUUCACAUUCAGAUCCAUUUUUGCACACAGGUUUCGCUGAUCACAAAGAACCAAAGACCAGGUCCUCUUUUUAAAAAGUGCCUUCGGUUACAAAGAAUCUUUGUCGUCAAACUCUGAAUAGAAAUCUUAAUUAAUUUUACCAUGGAAUCAUCAACACGCCGUUCUGUCCGAAAAACCCGAAAGACUAUCAAACUCAGCAAUUUUGAAUCUGUUGUGGAGAAAGAGCCCACUUCUGAGUUUGACACUAUCAUGGACUGGGAUGACACAGACGAAGACUACGAUGACUCUCCCCCUUCCUAUAGUGAUGAGGAAUUUCCUGAUAUGCCAGAAACUCCUCAUUAUGAUUAUUCUCUUCUUUCUAAAAGUGAAGAUGAGGAAUUUCCUGAGAAUCCAGAAACUCCUCAACCAAAAAGACAGCAGGAUUGGGGAAAACCCAUGCCUAAAAUCUGCCCGCAAAACCAAACCUUAGGUUUAAAACCCUUGAGUUUUGCUCCAACCCUCUCCUUUCGCCCAGCUUCACUGUUUCCUGUGAAGCCGGUCUCUGUCCCUAAAUCAACUCAGCCUGAGGAAGUCAAACCUUUGGGAAAAGAAAAACAAAGUGCAACUGCUUUGGAUAAGCCAACUUCAACCUCUAAGUCAACCUCAGUGGUAAAUGCAGAGGCACUGCAAGAGAUCACUGCUCUGAAAGAUGAAGUAGGGCAUCUGAAGGAGCUUCUCCAGCAGAAAGAUCAGAUGCUGGCAGAUGCUGCUCUGAAAACUAAACACCUUGAAGAACAGGUGAGCCACCUGACGGAAGAAAGACAGCAAUUGGGUGAAGAAAAGUCCUCUUUCUUACAAGAAAUUGCUCAGCUAAAGACAGCUCAGGAGGACAGGGAGACCGAGGUAACCAAUUCUAAAAGAGUCCCCAAGAAAAAGAUCGUCCAACUACUCCGUGAGAUGGAGGACCUAAAAAUGCAGCAACAGCAGGAACAUUUGGACCUCAAGAGCAAACUGGACAUGGAGAAAGAGAGUCUUCUAAAUGACCAUCAGCUGGGGUUAACUGUAGCACAAAAUCAGCUGGCAAAAGAAAGAGAAGAAUGGCAGAGUAGAAACACCGCCCUCAUGCAGGACAUGGCUGCAUUGAGAAGAAAGUAUGAGGAGGAGAGCUCUGCAUGUUACCAAAAGGAAAAGACCUUCUUGGAAUUGCUCUCCCAUAUUGAGGAGGGCAUGGAGAAAUUAAAGGAAACCAUCAGAGAAAAAGAUGCGAUCAUAAGCAAUACUGAAAGGGUCUCCAAGAAAAGCAUCGUCCAGCUACAAAAUCAGAUGGCAGGCCUAAAAAGGCAGCAACAGCAGGAACAUUUGGAGCUCACCAGAAAAUUUGAAAGGGAGAAAGAGCGUCUUCUAUAUGACCAUCAGCUGGCGUUAACAGUAGCACAAAAUCAGCUGACUAAAGAAAGAGAAGAAUGGCAGAGUAAAAACACCUCCCUCAUGCAGGACAUGGCUGCAUUGAGAAGAAAGUAUGAGGAGGACAGCUCUGUUUGUUACCAGAAGGAAAAGACCUUUAUGGAAUUGCUCUCACAUAUUGAUGAGGGCGUAGAAAAACUAAAAGAAACCAUCAGAGAAAAAGAUGCGAUCAUAAACAAUUCUAAAGUUAUCUUGAGGAAAAAGCUGGAGCAAGAAGACGAACGGCUUAAAAUGGUAAAAAAGGCCUAUCGCAAGAAGAAUUUAGACCUCGGAUUGAAAUUACACCAAAUGGAAGAAGAGCUUCAACAAGAGAGGGUCAAAACAAAUCAAGCCAAACUCAGCUUUGACCUGGAGGUGGAAGAGUCCACCAAAUUAAAAGCUGCUUUGGCCCAAGUCCAGAAAGAACUGGAAGGCCAGAAGCAGCUGGAAAGAGAAAGACAACAACUGGAAGAAGAAAAGUCCACCCUUUUACAGCAAAUCGGUCACCUACAGGUUGUUGUCAAGGAGAAAGAGACCCUCAUCAGUGAAAGCCAAGAGGCUUUGCUGGUCCAACUACAGCAGCAGGUGGAUGAUCUGAAAGAGAAGCCUCCAAAGAAAAGUGCUGGUCGGAGGUUCCUGAACCUGUUUAGAAAGUCUAGAAAAAAAGACUAAGUGGACCCCCGACCACACUGGAGAGAAAGCCUUCCUUCUGCAACACCCCCUCACACACACACCAAGGCCCCCCACAACCCACACACACACAACAAGCCCCCCACAACCCACACAU